AUGGCAGCUGAUAUUUGUGCAGAUCAUCCAAAUGCUUUUUGGGAAAGGAAAAAGCAUAUUGUGACUUUGCCUUAUGAAGAUUCUUUUUCUGAAUCAGAUAUUCCUACAAAAUCUCGCCCCUGUCAAAUGAAUGCAGAGUUUGUUGAUUUCUGUAAAAAGGAAAUUGAUAGUUUAUUACAAAAGGGACUUAUAAAACCCUCUAAAUCUCCAUGGCCUUGUACUGCCUUUUAUGUUAAUAACGCUGCAGAACAAGAAAGAGGUGUUCCCAGCAUGGGAGGAAAUGACCCUCCUCCUUGGUCACAAGCACGUGGCAGAGGGGGUAAAAAUCGAGGAAGAGGAAGAUCAACCUCUCAGUCUUCUCAAAGGUCGUCAUACGACUCAUCAUUCCAAUAA